AUGCGUGAGCUUCACAUUGAGAAGCUUGUGCUCAACAUUUGCGUUGGUGAAUCUGGUGACAGAUUGACCCGUGCUGCCAAGGUGCUCGAACAGCUCACCGGUCAGACACCCGUCUACUCGAAGGCUCGUUAUACCGUCCGUACCUUCGGCAUCCGUCGUAACGAAAAGAUCUCCGUUCACGUUACCGUCCGUGGCCCCAAGGCUGAGGAAAUCUUGGAACGUGGUUUGAAGGUCAAGGAAUACGAACUUCGCAACCGCAAUUUCUCGGCCACCGGCAACUUUGGUUUCGGUAUCGACGAACACAUUGACCUUGGCAUCAAGUACGAUCCUUCCAUUGGUAUCUACGGUAUGGACUACUACAUUGUCAUGGGUCGCCGUGGUAACCGUGUCGCUCGUCGCAAGCACACCAAGAGCCGUGUCGGCUUCAACCACCGCAUCAAGAAGGAGGAGUCCGUUGAAUGGUUCAAGUCUCGCUUCGAUGGCAUUGUCCAGAACAAAUAA